AUGAUGGCUUCACAACAGGCUCUGCAACCGACUGACGAUACCGGUCGCUGGAUCGUGCACAAGGCUCCGAAUGUCGAUCCGGCCUGGGCCCUCGCAGAUGCGAUAAGGCAGCGCCCCCUUCCACCACCUUCUCCCGCACUGCAGCAGAAGAAAACGCGUUACGUUGCCUACAUACAGGGGUUUCUGUCGCGUUCGAACGACACACAUGCAACAACGGCGUUCCGCACUUGCACGACCUGGGAAGCAGUCCGAAAGGAGGCUGAGGAGGCACUGGACAUCUAUGCGAACCAGGGGAAGUCCUGGAAUAAUCCUUUCCGCAGAACGAAAAGGCUUGUCGGGAACAUGUCGUGCCGGAUUGAGUUCCUCACUGUGCUUAUCCCCUCUGGCGACUACCUUGGGGCGCUGUGCGGCGGCUUGAAGUUGGUGUACCAGGCAGCAAGGCGCAGCAGGGACUUGCGGGAACUUAUCUUGGGAUCAUUGCAGGCUCUUGAAGUGGAGAUUGACUACGCCAAGACAUACAUCCGCGAGUAUGCAUGGAACGACGAGCUGCGACAGAAGACGGAGAACCUAUACAUUGCGGUACUUGAUGCAGUCGAGGAGAUCACCAAAUGGAUCGAGAAGUCCAAGGGAUUACGCGGCUUCUUUUUCGAACCAGUCAAGGCGGUUGUGCAGCAAGGCGACUACGGAAAAAAGCUUGAAGCCGCUGUGAAAGACAACGUAACAGAAAAGGUCGAAGCGUUUGAUCGUGCCGUCCAAGCAUGCCUGCACACCGAGGUCCGCGAUACCGGUAAAAAUGUCAUCACGGUGGGGCGACUGCUGGAAGUCGUCCAUGGCCAGAUCGAUGGCCAGACAGGAGAUCUCCAAAAGAUGUCUGCAACUGUCAGCACUCUAGAAGACCUUUCUCUACGAAAACAACAGCGACUCCAAGACGAGCGACAACGAGAGUUGCAGGCCCGCAAUGAACAGCAUCUCAUCCAAAUCCUACGAACACAGCAAGCCCUCAAUGCAAUGGCCAAGCCAUGGCAACCCACAGUGAGCCUUCCACAGAUACUGACAUGUCUGCGCCUGGCGGAAGCGGGCCCCAACCAAGAUGUCACAGAGCAGGUGGUCGAUAGAAUCGGCAUGGAGCGAGAACUUGUCCUCCACUUUGGCCGCACCAUGAACACCCACCUCCAGGGCCGCAUAUCAACUACAAUGCAGGACGUCCGCUUCGGAGAGUGGUUCAAAGCCCCGCAGUCCAGGACCCUUGUCAUAAGUGGUAUGGACAUGAACACCCUCCAGAGCGACAUGGUAUCCCCACUCAGCUACAUGUGCGCCGUUCUAGCCAGGGCCGUGGCCGAGGUCCAGCACGCCAAGCCGCUCGCCUUCUUCUGCCGACUCCACGCCGAUCCCAGUGAUGGCAUGACCGGCGCCGCGGGCAUGAUGCGCUCUCUCAUCGCCCAGUUGAUCCUGUUCCACACCGAGGUAUCGGGCCUACUGGACUUCCUCGGAGCUGCCGAUCUGCAACUCAUCGGAACGAAUGAUGUGCCGGCUCUAUGCCGACUCUUCGAUGAGCUGGUCAAAAGGAUAGGGUCCGGUGUCAUCAUAUGCAUGAUCGAUGGCAUCAACUUCUUCGACAAAGAGAUGCAUGCUCGUGGCUUGCACUACGCCAUGCAGUUUCUCAACAGUCUAGUAGAGGCGGCUGGGUCGAGCCACAACCGUAUGGUCUUCAAACUGAUGGUGACAAGCCCGACAACCAGCGAGUACUUCCAAUAUUGGUUUCCGAACCGGCUUGAGUUGAUCAUGCCUGGGGAGAUGCUGGUUCAGGGGCAAGGAUUCAAUGAGCUGAGCAUGCUGAAGUAG